GAGUGGUGGUAGGAAUGCUAGGACUAGCAGUUCGUCGUUCCCAGGUGGAGGAAACACGCUGGGUUCGGCGCCUACGCCACGUGCACCGACACGUCCCGCCGCUGCCCAGUCACGACACCCAGAUUCUGCUAUCGAGCUGAUCAUGGGACUUGGCGUAUCACGGGAGGUGGCGAUCAGCAUGUUAGAUGCGGCGGGUGGGAAUGUGGAUGCCGCUGCAAGUUUGUUGUUCUAAGUCCUAGGGUGGGCGGGAAUUCUUGCAAUGAUGAGGAGACAUUAAUAUUCUUGAAUGUUGGAAAAAUGUAUGAUGUGAUGGAUCAUAUCUACCGGUUCGUUUCGGCGAGAAGCAUCAAAGAGAACUUCGUGGCCCGGGAGAACUUCCAAUGCCCGUCGAACUUGAUUUAAGAUAAUUGGAAUCGGAAUAACAACGCUAGGAAUCGACGUUGUAUCAAUCAAAGCAUCGUGUUAACUUGUU